AUGGAUUUGCUGCGCCUCCUCCUCAUCCUGCUGGCCAUGUGCUGUCCUGCGUACGGCACAUGGGACAGCUGUGGAGGGACCUGCGGGCUCCGGCCCAUGGCUUUUCAGUACGGCAUGUCGCGCGUCGUGGGUGGCACAGAUGCCCAGGCAGGGGCCUGGCCCUGGAUCGUCAGCAUCCAGAAUCCCUGGCAAGCGGGCACGGGUCAUACCUGCGGAGGCUCCCUCAUCAGCGCACAGUGGGUCCUGACAGCAGCCCACUGCUUCAUCGAGGCCAGCUACAUCACCAUGUGGCGCGUGGUGAUCGGUGCCACGCGGCUGACUCAGCUGGGCCCUGAGGCCCAGGUGCGCAACAUCAAGCGGCUGCUCCUUCACCAAGGCUACAGUAACAUCACGCAGAGGAACGACAUUGCCUUGCUGGAGCUGGACCAGCCUGUGCAGUGCAACGCCUACGUUCAGCUUGCCUGCGUGCCCGAUGCCUCGCUGAGAGUCUCGCAGCUGAAAAACUGCUACAUCAGCGGCUGGGGUGCCACGACUGCAAGAUCUGGACGAUCAACGGAUGUGCUGCAGGAGGCCCAGGUCCGCCUCAUUGAUGUCAACGUCUGUAACAGCAGCCGGUGGUACAGAGGGGCCAUCCACACGCACAACGUCUGUGCUGGCUAUCCGCAGGGCGGCAUUGACACCUGCCAGGGGGACAGCGGUGGGCCUCUCGUGUGCCAAGACAGCAGUGCAGACUACUUCUGGCUUGUUGGUGUCACCAGCUGGGGGAGAGGCUGUGCCCGAGCCAGGCAGCCCGGAGUCUACACCUCCACUCAGCACUUCUACGACUGGAUCCUGCUACAGAUGGGCCUGCGCCCAGCAGUGAGGGCUACUCCAACAGCACGCGCUUGGAGUCAUUUUGUCACCACCUCAAGCCCCGUUCCGAGGCCAAGGCCCACAGCAGCGCAGUCGGGCGGCUCCUGCCCGUUUCCAGUCCAGAAGCUGCUGGACUUCUUUAGCCGGCUGCAGGAGCUCCUGCAGUACCUAAGGGGAAAAACGGUGUGA